GAGAGUUCUUGCGUGCAUGUAGCAAGUAUACCGAGCGAUAAUGGAUUUAGCAGGGAGACCAUGAGAUGAUCGGGACUCACCGGAUUCUUUAUCGAACGAUCGAACGUUGGCAAGGGAUCCGCCAUCUCCAUUGUUUAUCCUUACCCACGGCUGUGAGAGGAACAAGCCCGAAGCUCGCCGAAAACCUCUGAAGCUCAAAAGUCGUCACUUGCCCCGCUCUGCCCCGCCGACUCUAAACAUUUACAACUCAGAGCUCAGCUCAACAACGCAUUGCACCUUUACAACACCUUUUGACCUCAAUUCACCACACCCCAUACCAUCUCACUUCAUUUUUCAAGUCAAAUCUACAUACAAACCGCAAAUAUGGGUCGCCAAUUCUUCAUCGGAGGUAACUUCAAGAUGAAUGGAAACAGCAAGUCGAUCAAGGACAUCAUCAGCAACCUCAACGACGCCAAGCUCGACUCCGACGUCGAGGUCGUCAUUGCCCCACCAUCCAUCUACCUCCUCUCCGCCCGCGAGCAGCUCCGCAGCGGCCUCGAAGUUGCAGCCCAGAACAUCUUCGACAAGCCCAGUGGCGCAUUCACAGGCGAGAUCUCGGCUGAGCAGCUCAAGGACAGCGGCAUCACCUGGACGAUUCUCGGCCACUCUGAGCGCCGUGUCAGUUUCAAGGAGGACGAUGCAUUCGUGGCCAGCAAGACGAAGGCUGCGCUCGACGCCGGCCUCGGCGUGAUUCUGUGCUGUGGUGAGAGUCUGGAGGAGCGCGAGGCGAACAAGACGAUCGAUGUUGUUACGCGUCAGCUCAAGGCUGUUGCGGACAAGGUCAAGGACUGGAGCAAGAUUGUUGUUGCUUACGAGCCUAUCUGGGCUAUCGGCACUGGAAAGGUGGCUACCACAGAGCAGGCACAGGAGGUCCACGCCAAGAUCCGUGAAUGGAUCGGCAAGGAGGUCUCGUCCGAGGCUGCUGAGAAGACUCGCAUCCUGUACGGUGGCAGUGUGACGGAGAAGAACUCCAGCGAGCUGGCCAAGCAGGCUGAUAUCGAUGGGUUCCUUGUUGGCGGUGCCAGCUUGAAGCCUGCGUUUGUUGACAUUAUCAACAGCAACUCCGCAUGACUUCAUGCUGGUGGAGCUCGUCUGUAGAGAGGUGACUCGCUGAGCCGAGUAUGAUUACAAUGAUAUAAAGAAAUGAUAUGCUUCCCAAAUGGGUUAUUAUACGUUUGCAA